AUGGAUAUCACCUCCGGUUUUCCUGAAUCUGAAUCUGAAUCUGAAUCCUCCACUGAGGGGAGAAACACUUUGUUGCCUUCCCAUCUUCGCCCAUGGAUUCGCCCCAUUCAUCUGCGUGAGGAUGGCUCUUUUAGACCAGAUAGCCCUACGUUCGAAAUGGGAACCACUGCCAUGGCUUUUGUUUUUGACGAGGGAAUUGUCGUUAUUCAACUGAGUUCUCACAUGCUGGUUGCAAUAUCUGCUGGACGAGGAUUCCAAUUUUCUCCCAAAGAUUUGGUAAUUGAGUACGCUGUGGGAAAGUUGGGAACGAUGGGGAAUCGUUCGGCUGCUGAGGUAUCGAAAGAGCUGGGAGAGUUUGUUUCACAUCGCUAUCCCAAAGCGGGAAGUUCUUCAAUAGGAAUACUGGUCGCCGCGUGGCACGCGCAGGGGUGUGGCCUGUAUCGCAUAAAUGGUAACGGGGUAGUGGUCAAAGGUGAUAUUCUUGCCACUGGAUCUGGUUCAUCUUAUCAAACUGUCCUGAAGGAUGAGCGCAGAACCUGUUUUUCUCUGGACGAAGCUUGCAUAUUAUUGUCUAAUAGGCGCAAACAUGAAAAAGGAUGCUGCAUGUCCGUUAACGAAGCUGCAGGCUUGGCCAAAAAGGCUAUAAGCUUUGCUUCAUAUAUGGCUCCUCAUAGUGGGGACUGGGGUACUGUUUACCACGUAGGAACUCAUGGGUGCAAGCUGCUGCACCAGGGCAACAUAGAAGAAUGGCAAAAGGACGUCAUCAAAUUCAAACUCUGGAAGUACAAAAUUAUUGGGAAAGGAUGGUCUGAUUGA